UUACGCGUGGCUGAUGCACCCUCACUCUCGUCCGACGAACGAGAAAAUAUUUGGAACUUGUGGGAAACAAAUAUGCGUGUACUGUAUGCGAUCCUCGAACCAUCCUCCUUUGGGUGGCAUCCCAAGUCGAAGAGGAAGGAACUCUUCCAUCGUAAUGCCAGGUUCAUUUUGGUCCUCGAUGGCGAAGGCUCGCAAGCGGCCACGACCCUCGUAGCGUUCGCCAUGUUCAGGUUCGAGCGAGACGAAGGAGAGGAUCUCUUGUACUGUUAUGAGCUACAGGUCUCAGGGCUAUUCAGAGGCAGCGGGAUCGGCCAUUUCUUCGUGGAGAAGCUUACAGCCAUUGGAAAGCGGUGGGGAAUGUCGAAGAUCAUGUUAACGGCACUGAAAAGCAAUGUGGCCGCUGGCCGAUUCUACAGCAAAACUGGGUUAGUAUGUCUGAUAUAUCUUCCACUGGGCCUCACCGAAUGCUUGUAUAGGUUUCAAGUCGACCCCAGCUCCCCUGACUACGGGCCUACAUCGGAGGACGAUGACUCGCCCGACGAGGACGCCGAGGACGAACCAUGCGACUAUGAAAUAUUGUCGAAGACUUUGGAGUGA